GCAGCUGAAUGGUAGUUGAAUAAGGUGAGUAGUGCUAGAGUGAGAAGCUGAAGUUUGAAGAGGAGAUUCAGUCAGUGACCCAGGUGAUAGUGCCUUUGGCAUCUCGGACGCCCUGGCCCCGGCAACUUAUGCGAAAUCUUACGGAACCUGGCGCAAAAUUAAAAUGGCAAGUGACAAUAGAGCCGGUUCCAUCAGCAAGAGUGUUCAAAAGCAUGCAGGAAGAGCUAAAGAGAGAAUUCUACAAAAUCUGGGGAAAGCAGAUCGAACGACAGAUGACAUCCUGAACAUAUACAUCAGCAAUUUCAACAAACAGCAUGCUUCAGCACAAAGGCUCAGCAAAGAGUUUAAAAACUAUGUCUCCUGUGCAAGAGCUAUGCAAGCUGCCAGUAAAAGUCUGAUGGAUACACUGACUGAAAUGUACGAACAAAAUUGGGUGGGAUCCGAACAGCUUCCAAUUAAAACUCAGGUACUCGAAAUGGUGUGGGACGAUUUUUGCCAUAAACUCAACGACCAAGUUGGCGUUCCAAUUGCAACAUACCUCAGCCAAUUUCCUGAAAUCAGGGGGAAAAUUGCUAAGAGAGGAAGGAAAUUAGUUGAUUACGAUAAAUGUCGCCAUAACUUGCAAGCCUUGCAGCAGCCAAAUCGAAAGAGAGAAGAAAUGAAGAUCGGAAAGGCGAAAGAAAGGUUAGACGAAGCACGAAAAUUAUAUGAAGUUAUCAAUAAUGAGCUUCAUGACGAAUUACCAGCUUUGUAUGAUAGCCGGAUAUCUUUCCUGGUUACCAAUCUGCAAACAAUGUUCACAUCUGAAACACAGUUUCACAAUGAAAAUGCCAAAAUAUUCAACCAACUCACCGAAGUUGUGGAAAACCUCUCGUUAGAGAAUCAGAAGGGAAAAUACCGAACGAGAAAACCUGGAUCGCCUCUUAUACUGAAAAGUGAAGGUGAUACAAGGCAUUAUGAAGAAAUUGAAUUUAAGAAAAACCAAGGAAGAAUGUCAGGGCAAAACUUAUCCAAUGGAGAAAUAAUCUCUUCAAAUACAUUGCCGAAAUCAGAGCACAAAAUGCGAGAAAUAUCUCUUACAGUGUCACAAACAAAUGCCUUAAAUACGGACAGUUCUACUUUGGACCAGAUGAGAAAACCACCAAAAUUAGAAAAAGAUUAUGAACCAGUUGAGGUAAAUGAAAUGAACCAAGAUCAUAAAGAUACACAAAAGCUCGAUGAACUGUAUGAUAUCCCUGUUGGAGCUACAACUACAGACCUGCCAGCUGGAGUUUUAUACAGGGUUCGUGCUACAUAUAAAUAUACUGGAGAAGAUAUCGAUGAACUAUCUUUCGAAAUUGGUGACGUAAUUCGAGUGGUGGAAUAUGAUGAUCCUGAAGAACAGGAGGAAGGCUGGCUUAUGGGAGUGAAGGAAUCAACGGGCGAGAAAGGACUUUUCCCAGCAAAUUUCACUCGUCCUAUAUAGUGCCUUUUGAAAAUUACUGUUUCCAAUUCCAUCAAUAAAAACAGAUAAUUGUCAAGGAGGAAAAAAUUACAAAUAACUUUUAUAACAAAAGGAGGAUAUCAUUUCAUACAACCAAAUGAUGUUUCCUGAACCUCUUAAAGUAGAGAAUGUGCUUGUUUGUUGAUUGUAUUGUUUUAAUUUCUUUUAGAUUUUAUUUUGUUUGUUUCUCUUUAUAAAUUAAGUAUAUAUAAAAUUUAUAAAAAUAUUAGAGUAGCAUCAUUGAUUUCUGUAAAAGGAGCUAGAUGAUUCCUAUGAUCGGAAUUCAUAAUGUGCCUCCUCGAACUAAGUCUUCCUUUCUUAUAAAUAUGAUGCAAUAAUCUAAAUAUUUUCAUGUAAAAUAUAUUACAUUGAUACUUCUUUAUUUAAGUUUACUUGCCAAGUUAGCAUAUUCAUUGACAAUAAUUUCAGUUCUGUUUGUAAAAAAAUUUAUAUUUUGAAUCAGAAGGCGAAUCUUAGAGAUAAAUAUUUGAUUUCAUCGGAAAAAUUAAUUUAAUGAAGUACUUGAAGUCUAGCUAUUUUGUUUGUAUCAUGCUGAUUUAAGAAGUAUUAAUGGUCCUCAUUACUAUAUUACGUGAUCAGUACCAUCACCGCAUUCUCACUACACGUAAUAUCAGAGCCUGUUACAUGUAAAAACUUAAAAUGAAACACAAUUAUUUCAUUAAGAUCAUUAUUUCGAAUUAGUGGUAAAGCAAUAGCUGAGUGUUUGUUCAUUACCUUUAAUUCACAGUUUUUUGCAUGUUUUAUAUAAUUCUAGAAAAUAAAACAACCAUUGCAACAUCACAAAAUGAAAACAUCUUCAUGUAAUUUAUAAGUAGUAAAUACGAUUUAUUAAAUGAUAAUUUAAGUGCCUUUAACGUGUAGUUAUUACAACUUGAUGAGGGCUUCACUGCAUUUCUCUUGUCUUCUGUAAGCGUUUCUGAGCUGUUUUGUAUUAAUAACUUAGCUAAAUGUAGUGAUUUUCCCAAGAUUGGGAAUAUAAUCUGGGCUAAUGUACGCUCAAAAUAAGCAUUAUCUUCUAUUUUACUAAACUUCUAUAUGGAUAGAAUCAUUAUUCAUAGCACAUAUUUUCAUCGAAUGUAAUCCUAAACUAAAAUAAUUUAAUUAUUAAACUGAAUUACUUAUUGAUGAUGUAAUUUGGUUAUUAAAAUUAAUGAAAGAAUCUGAA